AUGCCAUGUGGUGGAAACACCCGCGCUUGCGCGCAUGCGCAGCAGAUCAUCCGCUUCCUGUGCGGGGAUGGGGGAGCCGACGGGCAGAUAAGGAGUGAAAGCGCGCUCAUCAUCGCGGCGUAUGCGCGCCCGUCGAGCGCGCAUCCGUCCGCCAUGAGCGCGCGGAAAAGAUCGUCCGUUUCCCGCGCGGGGUGUGCGCAGAAAGGGUGUGGCGGAAUGGCGGCGACAGACCCUGAGGAGCCAGACCCUGAGGAGCCAGACCCUGAGGAGCCAGACCCUGAGGAGCCAGACCCUGAGGAGCCAGACCCUGAGGAGCCAGACCCUGAGGAGCCAGACCCUGAGGAGCCAGACCCUGAGGAGCCAGACCCUGAGGAGCCAGACCCUGAGGAGCCAGACCCUGAGGAGCCAGACCCUGAGGAGCCAGACCCUGAGGAGCCAGACCCUGAGGAGCCAGACCCUGAGGAGCCAGACCCUGAGGAGCCAGACCCUGAGGAGCCAGACCCUGAGGAGCCAGACCCUGAGGAGCCAGACCCUGAGGAGCCAGACCCUGAGGAGCCAGACCCUGAGGAGCCAGACCCUGAGGAGCCAGACCCUGAGGAGCCAGACCCUGAGGAGCCAGACCCUGAGGAGCCAGACCCUGAGGAGCCAGACCCUGAGGAGCCAGACCCUGAGGAGCCAGACCCUGAGGAGCCAGACCCUGAGGAGCCAGACCCUGAGGAGCCAGACCCUGAGGAGCCAGACCCUGAGGAGCCAGACCCUGAGGAGCCAGACCCUGAGGAGCCAGACCCUGAGGAGCCAGACCCUGAGGAGCCAGACCCUGAGGAGCCAGACCCCUGA